GAAACUAUUACUAUUAUUGUGGGUUACGCGGGACUGACCGCCUUCCCUUGCUCAAUGCCUUUGUACAAGUGGAUCCAUAUGCAUCUAAUGCAAGGAUGCUCUAGCAAAAAUAAAAAUGCCUAUCCUAUUUAAUUCUAGAAUCCUGCUGCACCCUAACAAAAAUGUAUUUCUUCAACGUACGUUUACAGAAAUACAUUUUGUUAGUGUGCAACAAGACUCUUAAAUUAAAUAGAACCGAUAAGAUUUGUUUUAAAAUUUUUGGCAAGUCAAGACUGAGGGAUUGUUUUUCCUUGUUUAAUGACACACCUAUUAUAGAUAAACUUCCCAAAAAGAAAGAAGUCAUUGUCAGCCAAGAUAUUACUGAACUACUAGUUGACGACGUCCCAGACAGUGGGGUUGCAGUCAAGAAAAAAAUUCUUAAAAAGACAGUUAAAAAGGUCAUUGAAAAGAAAGAUAAAAAACCUGCAACAAAAACUGAAACUGUUGUAGUUGAAACUGAAGAAGUUGUUGAUGGCAAAGUGAAAAAAGUGCAAGAGAAGAAAAUAGAUGUAACGGAAGAGUUGCGAAAAGUUGAAGAGAAACCUCAAAAGAAAACAAAAACUGUUACCACCACCGAAGUUGUCGAAGAAAUAACCACAACAAAGCCAACGACAGAAAUAGAAGCAUCAUUGCCUUCAAAGCCAGAAAAGAAAGAAGUUCCUGUUAAAACUAAGAAAGCAGUGGACGAAAAACCAACCAAAACAGUGGAAACUACUGUUACAACCGAAAUUAUCGAAGAGGUCGCUCCAGCAAGGCCCAAACCAAAAGGAAUUUCAGCAAGAGUUCAGCAAAAACAGGUCACGGAUAAGAAAGAAACUAUUGUGACUGUUGACGAAAAACCACAAACGAAAACAAAAACCGUUACCACCACAGAAAUAGUGGAAGAAAUGAGCACACCAACGCCAGAUAAAAAGAAGAUCGAUAAAAAGCCGACUGAAAAGGUUGAAACUGUGACUGUUAAAACUAAGAAAAAGGUGGACGAAAAACCAACUGAAAAAGUGGAAACUGCUGUCAUCACUGAAAUUGUCGAAGACGUUGUUCCAGCAAAACAAAAACCGAAAGAAGUUUCUACCAAAGUUGAACAGAAACAGGUCACUGAUAAGAAAGAAACCAUUGUAACGGUUUCCAAAAAAGAAUCUGAGAAAAAGCAGGACGAGCUGCCAAAAACUAUAGACAAGAAAGAAGAGAUUGUUACUGCUAAAACUGACAAAGCUCCGAAAGAAAAACCUACAGAAAAAGUUGAAAAGAUCACGAAAACUGAAAAAGUACAAGAAGUUGAAUCGAAGAAACCAGAGCUUAAAAUAAAGACAAAAGUCGAUGAAACUGUUGUUGAAACUAAGCAAAUUGAAACGAAAGUUAUUAAAGAUGAAAAGGUAGAACCUGAAGUAGUAACUGAAACACAAACAGAAGUUAAAGAAGAGACUAAAGAAAAAGAGCCAAAAUUAAAAUCGAUCAUGAAAAAACGGAAAACAACUGAAGAAAAACGAUCAAAGAAGUAUCUUGUAAAAAGAUUAUCUUUUGAAGACGAAGUUUUAGAAAAAAGAGCUCAAGAAGCUGAAAAAGAAGAUAAAGAAGUUGUUGGUAGCAAAGAAGCUGAACCAGAACCAGAAUUGCCUUCACCCGGAACUGUACAAAUCCAAAAAUUGAAAGAGCGCCACGAAGCGCAAAAGAAGUUUAUUGAGGGCCAAAAACAAAAAGAAAGAGUGAGAAAACAAAAAUCGUUUGAGGAGGAAGUUGGCGUCGGGGAGGCUGAAGCUGUCCCAGAAGCCGAUGCUCCCCGUAACGUCACUAAAAAAGAACCAAUGGCAGCUGCAAAAGCCAAGGUUACGAAAGAGAAGGAGGAAGUGAAAACGGAAGUCUCCGUUGUGAAAAAGGACAAGAAAGUUGAAAAGAAAGAAAUCGUUGAGAAAACUAAGCCGGGUGAAGUGAAACGAGAAAAGAUAGAAAAAGUUGAAGAAAAGAUUGAAACGAAAACCAAACCGACAAAGCCUAAUGAACGAGAUGUUACUGAAGAAAAGUUACCAAUCCGUGAAGUUGUGGACGAACUUCCAACUAAAACUGAAACAGUUGAGCAAAAGCCGGCAAUGAAAACUAGAAUCGGAUUCCAACGUCAAAUGGCAAUAGACAAAUCUGAAAUGACAGUGACUGUUGAUACUCAAGAACGCAAAGAUUCAAUGGAUGACAUAUCAAGCAUUUCAGAAAAGAGGAAAAUUACGAAGCGGGAGAGUUCGGAGGAAAUUAAAACCGACAAAGCACCCAAGACUGUUACUAAGGCAAAGAAAGUGGAAGCGACUAAGAUCGCAGUAGAAGAACUCCCAGCUCCAACUAUGCGUAAACCCUCAGCCGAUGAUGAAGUGUUUGUAGAGCCACUGCAACUAUCUGUACGAAAACCAUCUCGAAGAAGGUCUUCCGUAGUUCAUGCUCACACUAUUUCCGAAGCCGCAGAGACAAGGCCCUUGAUUGAAAAACAGGAAUACCAAUCCGUGACUAUACUCAAGGAUGUCACGUCACCUACUCUAGAAGUUUCUUUUGUCAAGAAACGAAGUAUUUUAAAUUUCAGUGAGUGGCGAGUGAACAAAUCACCAAUCACAUCAUCCAUGAAUCAUGCAGCAUAUAAAUGCGAGACAAGAGGCUUAUUUUCUUUUUGCAUCCUCUGUCGUUAGAUAUUAUUGUUUACCGGUCUCUUGCAGAUAUAAGGUUCUAUGCCCAUCAUAAUACUUUUUUGAUUUGCUUCUUUAUGCUUGUCUUAUUCUAGGGGAGGUUAUCCAAAAGAUAUAUAGUCAUAUUAUCUUAAUUACGGUUUCUCAGUUUGAUUACCACUCUGGGACCAGUUUGAUGAUUCCACAGUUAAUCAUACCAGAUUUAAAGAUUGACCAGUUAUUCACUCGGUACUCCUGUAGAACAUGAACCAGGGCAAAUUCGGAUUAGGGUUAGGCCAUGAUUUUAUUCCGAUUUUCCUUAAGCAUUCCGGUGGAACUGAGAAUAUUUCAGUUCUAUUACGAGUUGGGGGACGGUCUGUUUUAGCCAAGUGAAUAUACCCCCUGCCCAUAGGUUUCAGUCCCUUUAUGCAACUUGAUAUGAUAUAAAGUAAGCGGACAAAGUAGGUUACCUCUAUACAUAUGUUUCUGGAGCCCCAUUCACUCUAGAUCCUUUUCUGAUGAUAUCUUCAAUUUACCCAUUGGAACGUUUUUUUUUAUCUUUUUCUCACGCCUGUUAUAUCAUUUUCUCAUUAACACAUUUACAUGAAUUCAUCUUUCAAUU